AUGUCUGCCCAGCCUUGGUGCCAGUGGAUGUCAAGAUACCGUGCACAAACAGGCACCGAGCUGUCGGAUGUUAAUACAACCGAGUACGAUUGGCGAGAUAUCUUGGAUAGGGACAUGAUCACUGACGCACAACUUGAUUCGCUGGGCCCUUGGUUUCUGAUGAGCCGCAUCAGACCAACAAAAUUUGUCAGCCUAGAUGGCUAG